CCUAGGAUAGGUGAUUUCAAAGAAGCACAAUACACUUCUCACCCAGCAAGCAUCUCACUGACUCUGUCUUCACAAAACACCCGAUUUCUGCUAUUCCAUCGGAUUUGUUGACCGGUUUUCUGUGAGACAAUCCGCUUGUUGUGAUCACUUCUCUGGACCCAAACUUCCCUUCUUUUCUGAGACGUAAUGGAGCAAGGAAAUAUUGAUUCCCCAGCUGACGUCACCAGUAAACACAUGGCUGUGGUGAUACAUGCCAGCCUUGCUUGCUUGAACAAGAAAAGGAAGCUUAGAGCUGAACAACUGGGCAUGCCUCUGCCAAAGCACAUGUGUGCUGAUCAAAUCUUUGUUACGAGACAUAGCUCAUUAGUUAGCAACCAAGACAAUGAAUUUGAAACCGAGUCUGGAAAAGGGAGCAAUGGUUUUAUUGAUUGUGUCAUGUCUGGUGAAGCUAAAGUCGAUCUUGAAUUCCUGAAAGCAUACCCUUCGUCGUCUAACUGCCCUUCCGCUUCGUCUGCUAACUUGGGUAGCAGUUGGUCCAAGGAUGCGUUGUACUCUUUGGAGAGCAGAUCAAUGACAAAAUCAGAUUCACAUAGAACAGAACGAACGCAUGUCAGUAAAGAAUGUGAUUUUGUGGAUCAGAAUUUUGGAUGGCCUCAUUCUUUGAAUUACGAGGACCAUCUAUUGGACUUUGAAAGCCAUGUAGAGUGCAGUUGCUCUGAAUGUGGAAAUGAGAACAUUGAAACGUGUACAGAUAAGGAACUUGAAGAUAUGUUAUACUCAAACGGUAUCACCCCCGACAAUUUUGUUCUCUCAUCAGGGAGAUGGGAAGUUGGCCAAGACACUCAAGAAGGUGCAAAAAAACUAACAAUUGACAAAGAGUUUGAGCAGUACUUUGGCAUGCUUAUGUUGUGAUGAUGAAAAUCAAAUAAUGUGCGAAUAUAUAUUAAUAUGUUGUGCAACAACAAUCGCAAACUGAAAUUUGUACAUCAUAUCGCCACUGCACUUCUUUGCCUGAUCCAUGUAUGUAUAUGCUCUUCUUCUGUUUC